AUGUUCCUCACCGCCAACCUCUUCUACAGAGGCGCUGUGGCAGCAGGAGAAGUGCAGGAGGCGCUGCUGGCAGUGAAGUCCCAAAAGCUGCAUGCAUUUGUAGACUGGAUUCCCACAGGGUUCAAAGCCUCUGUGUGCCCCCAGAGGCCCCUGGCGCCUUCGGGGGGCCCCCUGGGGGCCCCCAGCAGGGCCUGCUGCCUCUUGGCCAACCACACGGCCAACGCAGCACAGAUCAGCAGCACAAUAGAAGAUGUCCAAAAAAUGCUGGCCAAAAGGGCCUUUGUCUUCAGGAAACUGCUGCUGCAGCUGCUGCUGCUGCGGAAGUGCGCUGCAUGCCCUUUGGGUGAGAUUUUGGGGCUGCGUUUGGGGCUUGCAUGCAGGUAUUUGAGGGAAGGGCUGGAAGAAGGCGAAUUCACAGAAGCCCUAGAAAGGGGAAAAGUCGCAGUGGAAGCUUAUGAAGAAGCUGAAGUUGUUUAUGAGUAUUAUUACCCUGAAGAAGAAGAGCCCGAGGCCAAGGGGGCCCCCGAAGCGCCUAAGCUCAAGCUGGCGCAGUCACAGGCGUCCGAGACAGCUAGUAUUGUGGAGGAUGACUUCUCCCCAAAGUCUGAGGCCACCAUAGUGGCCCCAGAAAGCACUGAACACAUUUAA